GAUCAUUGGUCGGGGUCGGGUUUGCGGUCGAGGAUGGGCCUGGGCCUAAGGUUUGGAUGGUUGCAGCGUCAGUAGUGGAGGAGGGGGGGCGUCUUCGAGUCGUGACAACGAUCGUUUGGGCAGCGUCUGGCAAGGUGACCAUAGGUUGUGAAGUGAUCGGUGCUGUAGUCUUAGUAGUAACCCCCUGGCCAUUAUCGAAUGGUCUUGGGUACAGCGUGGUGCCUAAAUCCUAG